AUGAGAAUGUCAUUUGAAUGGUUCCAAUCAUUAUUACUAGCUAUUGAAGAACAAGAUAUUGAUCAAUUCAUUGAGAUUCAUACUUAUCUUACAGCACGUUUACGACAUUCUGAUAUUGGUAAUAUAUUAGUGAAUGAUGAUGGUAAUAUUAAAGAUACCAUUACUGGACUUCGUGCACCAACGCAUUAUGGUAGACCAAACUGGGAUAGGAUUUUUUCAAAUAUGAGGGAACAACAUCCGUCCACUGAUGUUGGUGUAUUCUUUUGUGGACCAAAACCACUGGGAAAACUAUUAAAUAAUAAAUGUAAUUUAUGGAGUCAAGGAUCUGAAGAGGGCACAAAUUUCUUUGCCAAUGCUUUAGUAAAAUCACCCACAGUUCUAAUAUGUACAGAUAUAUAA